AUGGCGUGUCCAGGCGUGUCACUGGUCCAUGACGUGUCCACGGUGUGUCACAGGUCCAUGACGUGUCCACAGCGUGUUACUGGUCCACGGCGUGUCACUGGUCCAUGGCGUGUCCGGGCGUGUCACUGGUCCACGGUGUGUCACAGGUCCAUGACGUGUCCACGACGUGUCACUGGUCCAUGGCGUGUCCGGGCGUGUCACUGGUCCAUGACGUGUCCAGGCGUGUCACUGGUCCAUGACGUGUCCAUGGCGUGUCACUGGUCCAUGGCGUGUCCAGGCAUGUCACUGGUCCAUGACGUGUCCACGCCGUGUCCAGGUGUGAGCAGCCCGGACACGUCAUGGACCAGUGAGUCGCCUGGACACGCCAUGGACCAGUGA